UAUGAUUUGUAAACCAGGUUGGGACUUACGUGUGCGGUGGAAAAGGAAACUUUGAGCUUAGCUUAGCUACGCAGUCAGGUCAUACAUUUAUGGAACCCUUUUUUGUUUUAAAUAUUUGUUAUAUUAUUUUUUUGUUUGGGUUCGAAAUCAUCAGGAAUUUUCGAAAAUAUUGUCAACUUCUAUGUUGUCGGAAAUUUUCGAUUUCGGUGUAGAUGGCGCAUUUUUCAACUCUAGAAAAGUAAUUCCUGUUAAAAUUUAUUACCAAAACAUGAAGGUCUCUGAUUGCGUGAGUGUUUCUUUGUCUGUCAAGGACUAACCAAAUCGCAUUGAUUAUCAACCAACGGAAACUUACCGAGUUGGGUUCUGCGCUGUCAAACCGGGAAAGACGAGUUGAAAAUUUAAGCGGUUUUUCGUGAAAAAUGAGCUGCAAACGGAUCCAGGUUUGUAGAAUCUGUCUAAGCACAAAACGAAAGGGUAAAGUGUACUUUGGUAUCGACGCGGAGAACGGAAUAAUUAAGAAUGUGAACAAUAUUCGAGAAAUGAUCACAUUUUGUGAGCCCGAAAUGGAUUUGUAUGUUUCACCUAACCCCGUCAUAUGUGAGACUUGCAUUCCAAAUCUCGUAGCUGCCUAUAAUUUUAAACUUAAAUGCUUCGAGGUGGAAAAUGUAAUUAGAGCUUACCAGUCUGCUAAUGAAUUACGUGACAAGGCUGCUCAAAUUAACUUGCAAGAUGUAAUUUCAUUUAAAGGUAUCAGUAAUUCUCCGACGAUUACAGGGAAUGUUAAGGGUCAUGGAUUAACACUAGGUAACACUAUUCAACAUGUUAGAAUGCGAGACCUUAGCAGUAAAGGAAAUGGAGACAUGAAUGUUGAUGAUGAUGUUAUUGUAAUUGACGAUGCGGUAGACGAAGUAAUGAAAGUCCCUGUUCAAAAUGGCACAAUCAACAAACCUCAUUGCAGUAAUAUAGCUUUUACUGAUGUAGCAAUGAGAUCUGCCAUUUCCGAUGUAAUAAUAUUGGAUGAUAUAGAAGAUGAAGUAACAACUAGAGAAGAUAUUUCAGUAACAAAGGGAUCUAAGAAAGUUGUCACUAGAAAGAGAAAGUCCAAAACGGCUGGUAUUGCAAAGAGCAUUCCCAGAGCAAAAAGAAUGAAAUUGUUGCACAAAGAGAAGAGAGUUAGGCCAAUAUAUAGGGCUAGGAAGAUCGGUGUGCCUAAAAGCAAGCCUAUAGAACAGAUGGAUAUCCUAGAAAGUGUCGGCCUGCAACCCAAAAAUGUCAAUGACAACAACAACUUAAAACUGGCACCUGGCAAUAAAACUGAAAUACAAAUGCAAAUAGAAACCAAUAAUUUAGAGUCUCGGUGUUUGACCAUUAAACUGCCCAGAACAACUUUUUUUAAUUGCGAGCAUUGCAGUUACGUCUCCGUUAAAGAGGAUGACUUGAAUGAACACUCCAUUAAAAAACAUGGCAAAUUUAUAAUUUUCUCCUGCCAUCUCUGUUCAUUUACCACAAAGAGUAAAUUGGCAUUUCAGAGGCAUUGUAGGAAUCAGCACUUAGAAGAGUGUGCCGCAAGGUUGAAAGAUUUUAAAAUCCUCCCCACACACUAUUGCAGUUUGUGCAAAUUUUUCUCACAGAGUCGAGACGACUUUGACUAUCAUUGUAAAUAUGUACAUUAUGUUAAGGUCAAUGAUUCUUAUAGGUGCCCGCACUGCCAAAAAGGCUUUCAGCUCUUUCGCGACCUACACUUUCACGUGGAGGAAAAACACUCUUCAGGCACUGUAGUUUAUGAGUGCGCGUUUUGCAAUUUCCAGUGCCCCACUAAACACAAAAUCAAAAGCCAUUAUGUCUGGCACAGCAAAAUUAAACUCAAGUGCCUUUUGUGUCCGUCUUUCAGUACCUACAUAUCAGACAAAUUUUCGACACAUAUGAGAGAACUUCAUUCUGCGCAGCGAUACUCCGGCCUGGCUUUCCUCGACCCUAGCAUCCCCGUUAAAGAUAGUAACUACAGAAUAAGCUUGGAAGAAUUGGAAAGCAAAAAAAAUGAAUAUGCUUCUCCAGUGCAACAAAGGUCGGCUGAAAGGGAACCUACUGAAAACAACUUAAUCAGUGGUCCAAGCUUGAGUGAUCUCCUCUGUAGUUGGAUGAUGGAAGGGACAGAUGAAACAGAUUGUACGAUUGUGGAAUCUGAAUUGAAUCCAAAGGGCAAAGAGUGUGGUGCCGUGGUGCCAGAGAGUGUAGGUAAUGAUAAUUUAAUUAAUGAUGAUCGAGAUGACUGCAUACUGAUUGAAAGAACCAUAGAGGUCAUCAAUUUGGACAGUGAUAAUGAGAAUGAUUGCGUUCCUAAGGAAAUUAAUUUGCACUCUAAUGUGUUGUGUGACAAUGUAGUGAAUUCAUGAAGCCCUUGUGCUUAAAUGUCAAUAGAAAAGCCGUUCUGUUGGAAAUAUAAGGAAGUAAAUCUUGUUUUUCGUUCUUAAUUUCCAAUUUCCUUGCGGAAUUGGUUCAUUAAAUCUUCCAUAGUUUCCUAAAUAUCUUUGUACAGUGUACCUACUGUGCCAAUGCAAUUUAUAUUUUGUCUAAUAAAGAUGUUUAAUUACUAAUUUUUAUUUAA